GCAAUCAUCUCUCUAUCUCGUCGAUCUGACCUGCAUAUUUUUCGUUCUGUGUAGCGAUGCCCGGUACAGAACGGAGAGGACUCCAAGAGAACGUAUCAUUCGAUGUCGGUUACUUACAGUUAUUCCUGAAUCUCCGGAGCGCGUGGUUCGUCGAAUGUUCGGUGGAAAAAUGUUGCUUAAAAUGUUUGGUCCGGUACUGCUGCUGUGUUCAGUUGUUCCAUUUGUUCGAUCUAUCGGGAACAAAUCGCAUUCGUUUCUGGUUGUUGAUGAGGACGCUCUACUGACGACGCCUCAACUGAUCAGGAAAUAUGGUUACGAAGUGGAAGAGCACGAAGUUAGAACGGAAGAUGGCUACCUUCUUGCGAUGUACAGAAUUCCACCGCGUCACCUCGGUUCACGACGAUAUCCGAUUUUCUUGAUGCACUCAUUGCUCAGUACCAGUGCCGAUUGGGUGUUGAUCGGAAGGAAUCACGGUUUGGCUUAUCUACUGGCGGAUCUCGGUUACGAUGUGUGGAUGGGAAACGCUCGAGGUAAUCGCUAUUCGAGGAAACAUGAACGAUAUGCCAUCACUUCUGUAGAGUUCUGGGAUUUCACCUGGCACGAAAUUGGACUGUACGAUGUACCGGCUUUUAUUGACUACGUCCUGAAGCAGACGGACUCGCGGAAACUCCACUUUAUUGGCUAUUCCCAAGGAACCAUCGUUGUUUUCGUAGCACUGAGCGAACGACCCGAACUGAACGAAAAGCUCGUACAGAUGCAACUCCUUUCGCCAGCCAUCUAUUUGAAAGAGUUCGAUAGCUUCCUUUUGAAACUCAUCGUAAUGUCCUGUGACGAAAUCGUAGCCAGACUUACUGCCAGCCAAAUAUAUGAGUUUACUCCAUACUUCGAAUACCAAUACUUCUUCUUCAAAAGGCUGUGUCCUUCACCGGCCCAAAGAGUGUGUCGACUAGUGAUCUUCGAUGUGGUUGGUGGGUACCCGGAGAAUUUGGACGUGAAAUUGCUCAGAAUACUACUGGGACACUUUCCGGCGGGUGUCUCCGUCAAGCAGAUACAUCAUGUGUGUCAACUUUUUCGGGAUGGAAUCUUCCAGCAGUAUGACUACGGUAAUCCGGAGAUCAACUUGCAACGGUACGGCAGUACGCAAGUUCCCAAGUAUAACGUGUCGCGAGUCAAAGCUCCGGUUAGAAUCUACUACAGCUACGGAGAUCGGUUGGUCAAUUACCGGAAUGUUCUACAGUUACAGCAGGAGCUAUCGAAUCUGGUCAGCAGCUAUCCGGUGCCGGAUAAGCGAUUCGGUCAUUCUGAUUUCGCCUAUGGUCGAAAUGUGAAGGAAAUGUUGUACGAUGAAAUGUUGGCUAAUUUGGAACAGGCUGAUGGUCUAUGAAAUGUGUGGUAAUAAAUCAUGUGCCAACAAUCCCAUGAAAAGUGGGAAGUUUAUUUGAAAAAAAAAUAACAACUUUUAACGUGAAUAAGCUUCGCCCUGCGAAAGAAAGGGUAGAACUUAAUCGUGAAUAUCUCGAGGUGUACUAAACAUAGUAACAUAAUUUCGUUUUACAUGCCAUCAGAAAUAUGAUGAACAAUUUGUGAUGUGAUCUACUGGAUUCAGACGCUCAGGUCGCAUUCCGGACUACUCCAUAUUUUGAAAAUGAUAAUAAACAACAAACACCAAUCAAUAAUAAUUACCAAAGAACAAUAAAUAUCAAUAAUGAGCAAUAUUUUAGUAAGUGAUAAAUUGUUUCGACAAACAAGAAAAAACAAUGAAAUUUAAUACCUAUUACGAAAUAACACGGUUUAAUUAGUUAACAAAAGGUUCAAAUCUGAUACGCGCAUGGGGGUGUGAACCCCCGUGAUCUAACACGCCAUCGCGGUGAAUCGAUUAAAUUAAUUAUCGGUUAGAUUUGAAUCUUCGGGGCACCUCAGCUCUGGAACUACGAGCAGGCGUUCUAGGUUGAAGUCGAUCAGGUUAAUAAUAGGUUAAAAAUUAACUGUCUUGGUAAGGGCCAGUGCUCUAUUUCCAUACUAUUAGUACAAACAAUGAGUGAAUGAGUUCUGAGUGCUAGCAUGACGGACGAUAGUGAGAAAUUAUGGUUACCAGAUUCCAAGAUUUUUCUCUUCGUGAUCUUCUAGUUCAUAGGAACUAGUUCCGCGUUUGUCUGACCCGGUCUGUUUACUAUCUGGUGCUUUUCUACACGGUUUCUUGUUUGACUGAAUUACUACGGCGACACGACGGAAUAAAAAGUGUUCAUAAGAGAUUGACCACCAAUAACCACAGUAUUGAGUGUUCCCUUGAAAAUGAUACAAAUAAUCUUUUUGAGCAACACUGUUUUGGUUGCUACGAAAUCACCUUCGUCGCCAUGCGCCUCGAAUAAACAAACAAGCAAGAAUGGAAGUGGACCUUCAGGUAAAAGUUACAAUUAUUGCAAUAAUUGUUUUAAAUAAUUUAACAUUUUACUUAUUUUCUUGCCAAUGUUCUUACCGUUUGUGCAAAUAUUAAUCUGCUCAGUGACGGAAUAUUUCCGUCACUGAGCAGAUGUCUUCGUUGGAAUAUUUCCAACAAUACGUAGUGGUCUAAGAAUACGAUGAUGAAAAUCUGUGCUUAUAGCUUGCGAACCACAAUUUUGGUCUUGAUACGAUUAGCAAUAGGAAUAAAGUCGACAUCAUGAAAUGGAUUUAGGUUGGGAGUAAAUGUAGAUAAAUUGCUCCUCUGCGAAUCCAUUCCUAGCAAAUCCACUGGUUCUGUUCUACCUGAAACCGGUACUGAACUUAAUCGAACUCUUCCGUUAGGUCCUGGUAUCCUUCACCUCAUUACUUUGAACAUGAAUAAUAUCUUACAGCGUACCUGAACCAAACUGUGAAAUGUUUUAAAAUGAUUAUUUAAGCUAUUGUCACAGUUUCCUAUUGAAAGAAAUGGUUUUAAAUUCUUCGGUUAUUGUUUUUUUUUCAUUUAAAACAAACUCACUUUUCAAUUUAGGACACAUUUUCGGCUCAAGACUUUCAGUUCGUCAUGUUUCUGAAUAUCUACUGAUCGAUUCGUCUCAAGACAUGAUCACUAGUUCGCACAAUUACACUACUUUUGAAUGCUGGAUGACUUCAUAAUUAGUAAAUGAUCACUUGCCACUUGUUUAAUUAACGAUUAAAAACUACCCGACA